CCCAGCCAUCACCAGUUCCCGCUAACUUCAAACAACAACACCUGCUCAUCACUCAUCAGCAACAGAGAGUUCAGACAGACACACAUAGGAGCUCCAUCAGCAGCAGCAACAACAGUUCAACAGACAGACAUACAUGACCUUCAGCAUCACGGCGGCGACAAUGGGGGCGAACCAGGAGUACAUGAUCCGAUUCGACGGCCACUUCGAGGACCCGUCUCCGGGCUCCACCAUUGCCGAGCCACCGCCACCAUUCGGCAGCAGAAUGUUCUCCCCCGAGCAGGAGCACGCCGCCAUGGUCGCCGCCCUGCUGCACGUCAUCUCCGGGUACACCACGCCGCCGCCGGAGCUCUUCCCUGCGCGCGCGGAGGUGUGCCUCGUGUGCGGCAUGGACGGGUGCCUCGGCUGCGAGUUCUUCGGCAGCGGCGGGGACGCCGCCGAUCAGGCGAUCGCAUUGGGCAACCACAACACUGUCGCGCACAAGGCAGCAGCAACAGCAGCUGCAGCAGGGGGGCCGCAGAGGAGGCGGAGGAACAAGAAGAACAAAUACCGCGGGGUGAGGCAGCGGCCAUGGGGGAAAUGGGCGGCGGAGAUCCGCGACCCGCGCCGCGCCGUGCGCAAGUGGCUGGGCACCUUCGACACCGCCGAGGAGGCCGCCAGGGCGUACGACCGCGCCGCCAUCGAGUUCCGCGGCCCGCGCGCCAAGCUCAAUUUCCCCUUCCCCGAGCAGCACGACGUCGCCAGCGGCAAUGGCGGGGAUGGGAGCAGCAUCGCGGCUAAAUCAUCCGAUACGUAUUCGCCGCCCUCGCCUUCCAGCGAGGACUUGGUCGAGGCCCGCGUGCCGCAGGGGUGGCAGCAGCAGCAGCACGGAGGGGAAGAAACAGGGGAGCAGCUCUGGGAUGGCUUGCAGGACCUGAUGAAGCUAGACGAAGGCGAGCUCAGCUGGUUCCCGCGGUCUUCCAAUUCUUGGAAUUGAACCUCCUGCGAGAUUAGAUCCUAGCCGUUGGAGUAGCUUGGAAAGAAAAAGUCCAUCUCGCCCUUUAGUUUUUUCUCCUUUUCUUUGGCUCUGUUGUACUAUUUGCACGAAAGCAGAGUUUGUGAAUUAUCACUAGGUGUACUAAAUGUACGUAUCAGUCCGGAAAUUUUGGGUGUGUGCUAUACUUGAUCGUAUUCACAGCAAUGAACACGAGCUGAUUAACAUACUA